AUGCCAUUAAUAACGUUCACUGGAUACCCAUGUUCAGGUAAAACAACCUGGGCUAAGAAAUUAAUAUCUGCAUUAGAAGAAAGGAUUGAAAAAGCCAAAGAAACAAACGCCCCAGGUCAUAAUUAUAAUAUAGUUUAUCAUACUGAUGAUAAUCUUGGAAUCGCCAGAGAAAGAUAUAGAGAAUCCUUAACGGAAAAAUUAGAUAGAGGAAGUCAAAUAUCAGCUGUCAGAAGAGAUUUGAGUAGAACAACAUUUGUCAUUUUGGAUUCUUUAAGUUAUAUUAAAGGAUUUAGAUAUCAAUUAUUCUGUGAAGCUAAAGGUGUGUUAACCCCCCAUUGUGUAUUUCAUAUCCUUAAUUCUAAGGAAGAACUGAACAAAUGGAACGAAACAGCAGAAAAUCAAUGGCCCGAAGGUCUCAUUGAUCAAUUAUGUAUGAGAUAUGAAGAACCUGUGGAUACUAAUAGAUGGGAUUCUCCAUUAUUUACAAUCGCUUCAUCCGAUGAAAAUGAAAAAUUACCAGUAGAUGAAAUAUGGGAUGCCUUGGUAUUGAAAAGGCCACCUCCACCAAAUGCUGCCACUUUACAAAAACCAACUUCGGGUAACAAUUUCUUACAAGAAUUAGAAAGACAAACUCAAGAUGUUAUCUCCAAAGUUUUACAACAUCAACAAUUGAAUGGGAUUGGUAGAGUUGUUAUUGAUAAUCCUCAAGGAAUUUACAUUGAUUUACCACCAAACCCUGUAAGUAUCUCCCAACUCCAAAGAAUCAGAAGAACUUAUAUCGGAUUAAAUAGAAUGAGAAGUGUUCAAACUGAUAGAAUAAUUACCUUGUUUUCAGAUUAUUUGAAUAGAAAUUUGAAUAGUGAUGAUUGA